AUGUUGCCCAUGGCGAGACCCGCUAUUUCUGGCGCCCUCUGUGUGCGCCCUCGAAUUGCAGCAUGCAUUCCCCGUGCCAGCCCUAUCGCGGCCUUGACGACCUCCUCGCAAAAGUCGGCGAAUGCUCUUGAGCGUCAAUCAACUAGUGGCCAGUCACUGACGGCCUCCGGCAAGGUCCGCCAGGAAGUGCCUCUUCCUAGCCAAGAGAAGAAGGAGGGCGCCAUGCAAUAUGUCUUGACUACUCUGGACCAAGUCACCAACUGGGCUCGUCAGAGCUCUCUCUGGCCUAUGACCUUCGGUCUCGCCUGCUGUGCCGUCGAGAUGAUGCACUUGUCUACCCCCCGCUACGAUCAGGAUCGUCUGGGAAUCAUUUUCCGUGCCUCCCCUCGUCAAUCCGAUGUGAUGAUUGUGGCCGGUACCCUGACAAACAAGAUGGCACCUGCUCUUCGCCAGGUCUAUGAUCAGAUGCCCGACCCCCGGUGGGUCAUCAGUAUGGGUAGCUGCGCCAACGGAGGUGGAUAUUAUCACUACAGUUACUCGGUCGUCCGCGGUUGUGACCGCAUCGUCCCCGUGGAUGUCUACGUUCCUGGCUGUCCCCCUACCGCCGAGGCUCUGAUGUACGGUAUUUUCCAGCUGCAGAAGAAGAUGCGCCACACCAAGAUCACUCGCAUGUGGUACCGGCGUUAA